AUGCCCAAAAGAUCAAGAUCUCAACUUUCCAGAAAUAGUUCCCAGGCGAGGGCAUUAAAAAUACGUCGUAAAGGAGAAUCUUCAUCAGAAACUGACAAUCAUCUUGCAAAUCAGAGAGAAUACGCGUCACAAUCGCGUGCCAGAGAGUUGAGUAUCGAGCGUUCUCAGCGGCUUGCUGAACAAAAUUUGAGAACCUCUCAAGUACGCGCGCGAGUGUCGAGUGUCGAGCGUUCUCAGCGGCUUGCUGAACCUCUCAAGUACGCGCGCGAGAGUCGAGUGUCGAGCGUUCUCAGCGGCUUGAGGAACAAAAUUUGA